AUGUCAUUAGAAGCUUCGUUGUCUCUUCUCUCACUUGCAGAACCAAGCCCAGCUGGGUCUUUGAACGUCAAGUCGCUUGUCUUCAAGCCAAAGACGGCCAAGACUGCCACCCCUGUUCCAGUCAUCGUCGUUGCCCUACAAACUACGAAUACUCCUUCUGGUGUCAUUGCCAAGGCUGCUGAGGUGAAAGACCCAAGAUUAGCUAGGAACGAGUUAACAGCCGAAUUUUUCGGCGUUCCUGCAGCCGACUUUUCGAUUGCCUCCUUGGGUGAGAAACACAAGGAUGGUAAGGUCAAAGUUCUCCUUGAUUCAGAGCUCAAGAAUUCUGAGGAAGCCCAAUACGUUUUGGAAAAUGCAUCCGCAAAGCUUGUGCUCAACGGUAAGCAGCUUUUCGGCUUUUUGUCGACUUUCAACCCUACUGCAGUGGAUUUUGCAGCAGAAGCAGCAGCAGCAGCAGCUCCAGCACCAGCAAAGAAACAAUCUUCCCCAGCUCCAGCUGCUGGAGGUGAAAGCGACGCCAAGUUAGAUGACGCCAAGUUGAUUGGCGUCACUGUCGACAAGGAGAAGGACUUCUCAGGAUGGUACCAACAGAUUUUGACCAAGGGUGAGAUGUUAGACUACUACGAUGUUUCAGGUUGUUACAUUAUGAGACCAGCAUCUUACGCUGUUUGGGAACAAAUUCAAAAGUUUUUUGACGAAAAGAUCAAGUCUGAUGGCGUUGCAAAUGCUUAUUUCCCAAUGUUUGUCUCCUCUAAGGUUUUAGAGAAGGAAAAGGAUCACGUCGAAGGUUUUGCUCCAGAAGUCGCCUGGGUCACAAGGGCUGGUUCCUCGGACUUGGAGGAGCCGAUCGCCAUCAGACCUACUUCCGAGACUGUCAUGUAUCCAUAUUAUGCCAAGUGGAUUAGAUCUCACAGAGAUUUGCCUUUCAAGAUGAACCAAUGGAACUCUGUUGUCAGAUGGGAAUUCAAGCACCCACAACCAUUCUUGAGAACCAGAGAAUUCUUGUGGCAAGAAGGACACACUGUUCAUUUGACUCAUGAAGAUGCUGAAGGUCAAGUUCUGAGAAUCUUGGACUGGUACGAAGAAAUUUACAGAGAGUUGUUGGCGGUUCCAGUUGUCAAGGGUGUCAAGACUGAGAACGAAAAAUUCGCAGGUGGUAAGUUCACCACCACUGUCGAAGGGUAUAUCCCAACAACUGGUAGAGGUAUCCAAGGUGCUACUUCCCAUCACUUGGGCCAGAACUUCUCCAAGAUGUUCAACAUCACUGUUGAAAAUCCAGAGGGAUCUGACAAGCCAAAGAUCUACACACAUCAAACAUCCUGGGGUUUGUCCACUAGAGUUAUUGGUGUGAUGGUCAUGAUUCACUCCGAUAACAAGGGUUUGGUGAUUCCACCAAGGGUCUCCCAAUACCAAACUGUCAUCAUUCCUGUUGGUUUGACUUCAAAGACUACCAAAGAAGUCGUAGAUAACGUCUAUUCCUCAUGUAAAGAUUUGGAAUCGAGACUGAAGGCCUCAGGUAUCAGAGUCACUUCUGAUUACAGAGACAACUACUCCCCAGGUUGGAAAUUUUCCAACUGGGAAUUGAAGGGUGUUCCUGUCAGAUUGGAAGUUGGUCCAAAGGAUCUUGCCAACAAGUCCGUUCUUGCUGUCAGGAGAGAUACCGGUGCCAAGGUUGCUAUCAAGCUCGACGAAUUAGAUACCGAAUUACCAAAGUUGCUUGAUGCAAUCCACGAAAACCUUUACCAAACUGCAAAGGAGAAGUUUGACGAACACAGAGUUCUUGUCCACGAGUGGAGCGACUUUGUUCACCAGUUGAACAAGAAAAACGUGGUGGUUGCACCAUGGUGUGGUGUUCCAGAAUGUGAAGAUGAAAUUAAGGACAAAUCAGCUAAACAAGAUAACGGAGAAGAUUUUGAAGUUGAUGAGAAGGCUCCAUCGAUGGGUGCCAAAUCUCUCUGUAUUCCUUACAGUCAACCAGAAUUGAAAGCAGGAACGAAGUGUAUCAGAUGUGAGAAGGCUGCCAUCAACUACACCAUGUUCGGUAGGUCAUACUAA